AAUGAUCUGAUAGAAAAUCCGAUCGGAAUAGACUUUGGAAUUCAGUCGAGUCGUAGACACUGUAAGGCGAUCAUCAUGUCGGUCGUCGGAUUGCUGGCCGGAAUCGGAGCCUUCUUCAAAGUGCGCCACUUGGCCGACAAGGCCGUCAUCGACAACCCCAUCUUCCGUCUUCACUAUCGCCUGACCAGCGCCCUCUUCUUCGCCUUUUGCGUUCUGACGACGGCCUUCGCCUUUUUCGGCAAACCCAUCGACUGCAUCAUCGACCCCGGAUUCUCCAGGCCGGACAUGUUCACUACCUACUGCUGGAUCCAGAGCACCUUCACUUUGAUCGGAAACAAAAACCAGCAGAGAGUCGGACAGGAUUUCGCCCAUCCGGGUGUCGGGCCGCAGUCUUCCGGCCACGAGAUGCGCCACCACAGUUACUACCAGUGGGUCCCGUGGAUGCUGUUCCUCCAGGGAGCCUUCUUCUACCUGCCGCACUGGAUCUGGAAGAGUUACGAAGGCGGGAGAUUCAAAAAUCUGACGGACGGCAGCCGCGGCCACAGCGUCGGAGCCGAAAGUGAACGCAAAACCCACUGCUCCGCACUGUUCCGCUACCUGGCGGAAACCAUCCGCAGCCACCGCAAUCUCGUCUACGUUUACGCCUUCUGCGAAGUGUUGAAUUUCGUCAACGUGGUGGGCAACAUUUACUUUGUCAAUCGGUUCUUCAAUGGCGCAUUUAUCGACUACGGGUCGCGGGUGUUGAGUUUGUCCAACGAAGACCAGGAGAACCGCACCGACGCCAUGAUCGAGAUCUUCCCGCGGAUGACCAAGUGCAGCCUCCACUACUACGGCUCUUCCGGAACCAUCCAGCUGUCCGACGCUCUAUGCAUCCUGCCGUUGAACAUCGUCAACGAGAAGAUCUACAUUUUCCUCUGGUUCUGGUUCAUCAUUUUGGCCGUCGUUUCCGGGCUGGCCGUCGCCUACCGGCUGGCCGUUUUCCUCUCGCCGUCGCUCCGCCUCUUUCUCAUCCGCCGCUUGGCGUCGCCGUCGUUGGACUCGUCCAAAAUGGUGGUUUCGCGCGUACCCUUUGGCGAUUUCUUUGUCCUGCACAUGCUGGGCAAAAAUCUGGAGGGUUUCUUGUUCAACAACUUGAUCGACGAAAUGGCCGUCCACCUGAGCAACACCCACCCGGACGAGACGAGCCGACCCAACCGAUUCACGCGCCAAAAUUCGAAAUUGUCCGAAAUGGUGUCCAACGCCGGAAGGAGAGCCAGCGAAUCGGCCGGCAAAACCAAUUAUUUGCCAUUGGAUGAAUAUCCCACCAAAGUCGUCAAUUAAGUCAUCAUUCACAAAAUUAUUCCUUCCUUUUUAAUUUUAAUUUUU